AUGGCUUUCAAAGAUGCUCGGCAUCCUCUGUAUCCAUAUACUGAAGAAGAAAAACAGGAAAUACGAAAAGAGUUAGGAUUAAAAGAGAGUACUAUACAGGAUGACAUCGACGCCAUAUUGGAUUGGUUCAACAAACAACCACAUAUGAUGGAUGCUGGAAUUAGUCGUGCCAUAGUGGAAAGAAUGCUCAUCAUAUCCAAAGGGUCACUAGAGAAGACAAAACAAAAGAUUGAUUGCUUUUACAAAUACAGAUUUUUAGCACCCGAAUUGAUACAAAACAGAGAACAAGAACUGUGUAACCACCAGAACGAUAUUUGGACUUUUAUACGCCAAGCAGCAAUGCCUAAACUGUACAAAGGGAAUCGAGUGUCAGUAUUUAAGUUUAUGGAGUCAGACCCAUGUAAAUGUAACACCGACUCGUUAUUCAGAAACACAUUUAUGUUGGGCGAUAUAAGACUUACGUACGAUUAUAUGCUUGGUGAUAUUUGGUUAUUAGAUAUAAAGCAAGUUGGUAUCGGUCACGUGCUCAGAGCCAAUCCAAUUACAAUGCAAAAAACAGCUCACAUAUUCCAGGAAGGUAUGGGCCUCCGGGUUGCUGCCAUACACGUGUUAAAUGCACCAAUUUUAGGUCAAACAGUUCUCAGUUUCAUGAAGCAGUUUUUCAAACCCAAAAUCAUGGAUCGAGUCAUGAUUCAUAACUCGCUUGAGGAGUUACAUAAACAUUUACCUAAACAAUAUUUGCCGAUGGACUAUGGAGGUGAUCUGCCUUCUUUGGAGGAGUUUAAAGAAAACUACGAAAAAGAGUUCAGAAGUACUAAAACAAAGCAAUACUUACUGGAAUGUAGCAAGCUGAUAUCAAAUGAAAGCAAACGUCCGGGGUCCAAUAUAUACGACAACUACAUGUCUGGCUCUUUUAAAAAGCUAGACUUAGAUUAAGGUAGACUAAAGCUGUUUAUAUAAAUAUAUCGGUUAGAUUGGAAUGGUGCUACGAAAGCUGCAUUAUAAGAAAU